AUGGCUGCCAACGGAGGCCUCUCUCACCCAUCUACCUCUCUCCUCCAAGAUUUCCCGUCGCUGUGGCUGUCCAGCACACCCCCAAUUGUUCGAAUCUUGCGGUCCUUUCACUCUGGAAAGAUGCCAGCAACAUCGCAGGCAGAGAAGCGGCGCUUGCGGUUCGCUGCCAACCAAGCAAAGCUUUCCCCUGAGCAGCUGGAACUCCAACGGCUGCAGAACCACGCAUCGUCUGAGCGAUUCCAAACCGCCAACACAAUCUACGCACUCCGACAGGCUAAGCGUUGGUUCACCGAGUUCAUGAAAGACCAGUACCCUGAAGUAGAUGUGGUCCCAGCAUAUUUCACGCCUGGAGCUUCGCUACCAGCAACCUCGCUGCUUAAACAAUAUGCUCGCUAUCUCGUGCGUUCUCGAGUUGGUGGACUUAAUGAGAAGCUGAGCGUGAAGACUGUGAACCACUACAUGGCAAUGAUCAUGUCGAUCAUUGAAAGAGAGUGCAAGCAUGACUCUCUGACCGCUAUUCGGCGUGAAGUCAACAAUUUCGUCCAUAACGACUUGAUUAAUCAAGAGGGCAUCAGGACCGCCAUGCAUACCAAGAGUGUCGCCCAUACAGAAGACGUCACCUUCAUUCUGUCAAAGUUGUACUCCCCAGAAUAUCUCAACAGGUUUCCGGAUAUGAGGACGGUGCUUAAUCUUACUCUGUACAUCGUCUUGGUUGUUGAUUUGUGUGGACGGGGAAGCGAAAUUGCUCGAAACCCGUCGCGACCGGUGCAUCAGUGCCUACACUGGGAAGAUGUUGAAUUCUACACAUUUCAGCGAAUUGACGACAAUGAAUUUGAUAUUCGUGUCAACAUCAAAGUCCGAUGGUCCAAAGGCCAGACGGCAGAUGAGUCGCGCUACCACACCGUACCUUUCACAUCUCUACUGCCCCCUUCUAUGGCACUAGAAGAUACUCUGCGACUGCUUUUGACGUUGGCGCUGAUUGACGGCGUCUUUGACUAUGGUAUAACUACCUGGGAAGAUUUGGCGAGUCUCCGACUGCCACCACAUAUUGCCAAGACUGGCCGUCGCAUAGCGAUCAAGAAAGAAUUUCUCUCAGUGCCAGUUCUACGAAAAAUGGACCAAAAACACCGGUUGACGACAGAUCCCGUGUUGACAGUAGAUAUGCAGGCGCACAUACGCAAAUUGGGACAAUAUUGUGGGCUCGAAAAUCGUCUGGUUGCUUAUUGCUUCCGCCGAGGAGCGGCGUACACCCUCGCGACUUUCAGCAAUGACAGCAAUGGUUCCCCCGGUGCCCCAGGUACUGCUAACACUCUGGAUGCUGAACUUGGAGCGAUGGCUGAAUCCAUGGUUGAGCCACAUCUACUUGAUGAUACCGCCUGGGAUGAGGCUACAGCACUAGAGGAAGAACGACUGAGCGAGUUAACGUCAGCAAAGUGCCAGACUGAAGAGACAAUCGAUCAGAAUGCAGAACUUCCAACCGACGGCGUUCAAAAGACCACUAACAACGCUUUGCAAUCAGAGACCGAUGAUCCAUCCAUGGCUCUUCAUGGUGCUCCAGAUCACAUUGUUGGCAAAGGAAUUGGUAGGAUUAAAAUGAAAGGGGUAUCGGCCUAUAAUGACAUGCUGGCGGACAUAAAGGGUGCCGGAGACGACGAGGCGGCACUCUGCGGUGUUAUGAUGUCGUGGUUCAAAGUUACACAUGGUAUUGAUACGUUUUGGGCAGGACAAGAACCACUUCCUGGAACAUACGCGUGCCGCUUCUGUGGCAUCGAUUUAGUAGAGGUUCAUCACCCAGACGAACAUUGCUACAAAUGCUCUCAAAAAGACGCCAUACAGAGGGCAACGUCUCUACGGGAUGGGAUUUUCCCCCUGAACCAACCUUGCCAAUACCAGGUCUGCGGUCAUGGAGAUCAACUUUACGAAUUCGUAACUUGCGGCAAAACCUUCACGACAAUCAAGGAACAAGGUGAUCACAUGAGGAGCCAUGUGCGGACAAUGCAGAAGACGGGCGCAAACGGUGACAAGGUACCAACCUGUUUUUUUGGAGGAUGCGCGAAAAAUCCUGAAGGGGGUCGCAUCCGCCGUGAUGGACCUGAUUUCGACUCAUUCGACGAUUUAUUGGACCAUGUUUGGUCUGUCCACCACGUUUACACGGUAAAAUCCAAUGAAGUCAAAUUUUGCGAGUACUGCCAGACUUGGCUUAUCGAACCGCUUGAGUGGCGUUCCCAUGCAGAAAGACACCUGAACGAUGCCCGCAACGUCGUCGCAAAACACGGUUAUACAGGAGUCACUGUUGGUCGCGCGAUUGUCCCGCGUAUUUGCCCUUUUUGCUUUCAUGACGAACAGUCACCUACACAGAAGCGCAUCGCAACUCACGCUUCGUUCUAUGAUCUCUCGACACACAUUUCGCUUCAUUUAGAAGACCAUGAGAAGCAAGCGGAAGAGAGAACAUGCCCGUGCUUCCCAGCCAUGUGCACCAAAGCGGAGAAGAUGGACAGCACCAAGUUACGAACCCAUCUCGAAAUUGUACACGGAAUCGAAGCUAAGACUAAGACAACCGCAAAGCGCCGGGCAAAUACCGACGAUUCCGCUGGCAGUCGUACUCGAGCGAAGAAUAAUUGA